AUGGCAUUGCAUCGCUGUUCAAACAUAGAUAAGUUGAGCAUUCGCCUGAACCUCCGAUCGCCUAACGUCACUGAUCUUGUGAUAUGUGAUUGGAUUCAAUUUGCUGUGCAAAGACAAGUGAGAGUUCUUGAACUGGAAGCUUCUGGUGAUAUCUCUUUGACGGAGGCUGUGGGCCAUUAUAAGCUUCGCUUCGUGCCUCCGUUCAGUAUCCCUGAUUUGUCUUCCUGUGGAUAUAAUUUCCCUGUUUUGGAGAAGUUGUUAACGUUUCCCCUCUCUAACACGAGUUGCUUUGCUUCCUUAACAUCCUUGAAGCUUGUUAAUUUUAACAUUGACGACGAGACGAUGGAUUAA